UGACUACUUUGGAAAGGAUGACUAAGGUUGGAGGGUGGGGGUGGCAAGGCCUCGUUUACCAGUCCCUGUGCACCGUACCAAGACAGACAGGACUAAACCCUACCAGAUCCAGAGUAACCUGGGACUAAGCUCCCUACUUGCCUGGCAGUUCGGUUAAUGCCAACCAGUUCACAUUAGGAAGGAGACAGCGUGGGAGCUUGGAGUGGCAGCCCCCCAAGGCCCUUGGUUGUCAUCUUGAGGCCCAGCUGCCUGGGAAUCCGCCACCAUUCGGUGCUGUGGUAACAUGAUGGCUCCGGAGGACGACGCGGGCGGGGAGAUCCCUGGGGGCAGUUUCUGGGAGGCUGGGAACUACAAACGGACAGUCCAGCGUGUGGAGGACGGCCACCGGGUCUGUGGGGACCUAGUCAGUUGUUUUCAGGAGCGAGCCCGGAUUGAGAAGGCCUACGCCCAGCAGCUGGCUGACUGGGCCCGCAAGUGGAGAGGGGCUGUGGAGAAGGGCCCCCAGUAUGGCACUCUGGAGAAGGCGUGGCACGCCUUCCUAACAGCAGCGGAGCGACUGAGUGCCUUGCACCUAGAGGUACGGGAUAAGCUCCACGGAGAAGACAGUGACCGGAUUCGAGCCUGGCAGCGGGAAGCCUUCCACCGGCCUGUCCUGGGAGGCUUCCGAGAAAGCCGGGCAGCGGAGGAUGGCUUCCGAAAGGCCCAGAAGCCCUGGGUGAAGAGGCUGAAGGAGGUGGAGGCCUCCAAGAAGAGCUACCACUCAGCGUGCAAGGAGGAGAAGACGGCACAGACUCGUGAAAGCCACGCGCGUGCUGACAACGCUGUGUCCCAGGACCAGCUGCGGAAGCUGCAAGAGCGGGUGGAGCGUUGUGGCAAGGAGGUCGAGAAGACGAAAGUCCAGUAUGAGCAGACGCUGGCGGAGCUUCACCGCUACACCCCCCGUUACAUGGAGGACAUGGAGCAAGUGUUUGAAGGGUGCCAGACAGCAGAGCGCCAGCGCCUUCUCUUCUGCAAAGACAUGCUGCUCACCUUCCACCAACAUCUAGACCUCUCUAGCAAUGACAGGUUCCAGCAGCUCCACCGGGACCUGCACCAGGGCAUCAUGGCUGCCAACGAUGAGGAGGACCUGCGCUGGUGGCGGAGCACCCACGGGCCAGGCAUGGCCAUGAACUGGCCACAGUUUGAGGAGUGGUCUUUGGACACUCAGCGGACAAUUAGCCGGAAGGAGAAAGGCAGCCGGAACCCAGAUGAAGUGACAUUGACCAGCAUCGUGGCCACGCGGGAUGGCUCUGUGCCCCCUCCACAGUCACCAGGAAGCCCAGGCAGGAAUGGGCAGGAUGAGGAGUGGUCAGACGAUGAGAGUCCCCGGAAGGGUGCCAUGGGGGUCCGGGUGCGGGCGCUGUAUGAUUACUCAGGCCAGGAAGCAGAUGAGCUGAGUUUCAGAGCAGGUGAGGAGCUGCUGAAAAUGAGUGACGAGGACGAACAGGGCUGGUGCCAAGGCCAGCUACAGAGUGGGCGUGUUGGCCUUUACCCUGCCAACUACGUGGAGUGUGUGGGGGCCUGAUGGCCCUCUGCCGGCCCGGGGCCGGGCUCAGCCACCCCCAGCCCGUCGCCUCCCUCCUCCAUCAGUGAGCCCUGGUGGGGAGGCACAGUGUUCUUGGGACUCGGGGCAGGGGAACGGCCUGGGAAAGGGUGAGGCCAUUGCAGGGAAGGGUUCCAGCCUUGGGCAGGAACCUACGGGCCGAGGGAGAGGUUCCGGGCCUCCCUCCUCCCCACAGCUCCCCAAGCCGAGAUGCCCCUGUACUCGGCUUCUGUGUGCCAAGGGGGUGGGGUAGUUCUGCUCCAGUGGUCUUCCUCUCCUUUACCUAUGGUUUGUUCCUAAUGUGCAUUAAACCUGAGAAACAGCAGUAGAUGUUA